AUGGAUUUUAUUGAUAAUCAAGCUGAAGAAUCAGACGAUUCGUCUGGACGAUCGGAUAUUGACGAGCCACAGUUGAAAAAAAGAAAGACGGAAAAGGAAAAAUCAAAACAGAAAAGAAAAGUGGUCGCCAGGUUUGUCAAAACGUGAAAAUUUUUUUCUCAUUUUUUAUUUCAGUUCUGACGAAGAUGAAGACGACGAUGACGAUGAGGAAGAAGGGCGGGAAGAAAUGAAAGGAUUUAUCGCCGACGAAGACGAGGAGGAGGACGCCAAGUCGGAGAAAUCAGAAAAGUCCCGGCACUCCGGAGAAGACGAGCUCGACGACGAAGAUAUUGAUUUAAUCAAUGAGAAUUUGGACAUUAACAACGGACGGCGUGCGCCUCGUGUCCAGUUGGGCGACAGUAGUGACGAAGAUGAGCCGAUCAAGGUAAAUAUAACAGAAAUAUUGAACUUUCUUCGGUCUUUUGAACUCAAAGUUUACUGAAUGCAUCUCAACGAUUUUUUCCAGAGAGUCGAUAGAGACGAUGAUUUACGUUCGGAACGCGGCGGAAGCGAUGACGAGCGUGGUCCACGUCGUGAUCAUCGUGGCUACGGUUCCGAAUCGGACCGAUCCGAAGACGAUUUCAUCGAGGACGACGGCGACGGUCCACGGCGUCAUCGCAAACGUCACCGGGGUGACGAGAACGUUCCGGAAGGUGCGGAAGACGACGCUCGCGAUGUUUUCGGUGUGGAAGACUUCAAUUUCGACGAAUUCUACGAUGAUGAAGAUGGAGAAGACGGGCUGGAAGACGAAGAAGAGGAGAUCGUCGAGGACGACGGCGAAGGAGGAGAGAUUAAGAUCCGGAGAAAGAAGGACACGACGAAGAAGAGCACUCUGCUGGAGGCAAUUGAGCCCAGCGAGCUGGAACGGGGUUUCCUUUCAGCUGGAGACAAGAAGAUCAUGAUUGAAGAUGCGCCGGAGCGAUUCCAACUACGUCGGACCCCCGUGACAGAGGCAGAUGACGAGGAAUUGGAGCGAGAGGCGCAGUGGAUUAUGAAAUAUGCAUUUGAAGAGCCAACAGUCACAAAUCAGAGCUCCACUGACGAAUAUGACCGUCUCGUCUGUAUUCUCCAUCUGGAUUCGAAUCAGUACGAAGCGAAGAAGAAGCAGGUACUCGGGGCCAUCAAGGAAGUGCUCAAGUUCAUGAGAAUCCGCUCCAACUCGUUCGAAGUCCCUUUCAUCGGAUUCUACCGUAAAGAGUUCAUUGAUAACAUGCUGAACAUCAACCAUCUGUGGAAAGUGUACGAUUUCGACGAACGAUGGUGCCAUUUGGCGGGCAAAAAGCAGAAAUUGUACGAUCUGAUGCGCCGGAUGAGAGAUUAUCAGGAGCAGAGCGAUGAUAUAACCGCAAAGAGGCGCCCGAUCAGCGAAAUGGACUUGAUUGAGUAAGGAUUUAAUACACGAAUAUUAGAGCAUUUUUUGUAAAAUCUUGUUAAUCAAACAAACAAAACGUUUUUCAGUAUCAACUUCACGGAAACUCUUGAACAGCUGACGGAUAUCCACGCGAAUUUCCAACUUCUUUACGGAUCCCUUCUCGAAUCGAUGCAAAGAUGGGAAAAAGAGCAGAAAGAAACAAACGGAGAGGAGGAGGAGGAAUUCAAAGUUAAAUUCAAGUCGAGCAUCCGAAACGACAAGUACCAAAUGUGUGUGGAGAAUGGAAUCGGGGAGUUGGCUGGGCGAUUCGGACUGACGGCGAAACAGUUUUCGGAGAAUUUGGACUGGAAAAAGCAUGAUAUCGAGCAGGAUCCUAUGCUUCCGCUGGACGCCGCCGAAGAGUACAUCUGUCCAUCUUACCCGGACAAGGAGACCGUGCUCCAGGGCGCCAAGUACAUGCUUGCUAAGGAGAUCAGCCGUCAACCACUAGUCCGAGAUCGGGUCAGAAGGGACUUCAGGACUUUCGGACGGUUCUGGGUGCGCCCAACCAAAAAAGGAAGGGAGACGAUUGAUGAGAACCACCCACUCUACGAUAAACGAUACAUUAAGAAUAAGCCCAUACGAUGCUUGACUGACGAAGAAUUCCUUUAUUAUCAUACGGCGAAAGCUGAUGGACUGAUAGAUCUGGUGAUCCACGCGGAAUCUGACGAAGAUCAACAAAAAGAUCUGUAUUUGGUCAACAAGUAUCUGUCGGACAGCAUUUUUCGAAGAGACGAGUACUCGGAGAAUGUGGAGCAAUGGAACACGGUCAGAGAUGAUUGUGUGAAAAUGGCAAUUACGGAGAUGCUGGUGCCGUAUAUGGCUGAUGAGAUCUAUAAUACGCUUCUCGAGGAGGCCAAAAUCUCCGUCGCCAAGAAAUGUCGGAAGGAAUUCGCGUCGAGAAUUGCCAGAGGUGGAUUCAGGAUGGACGAUAUGAUAAGGUGAGCUGUUGAGGCGUUAUUUCUGUUUCUGCACUGCAUGUUUUCUCUAAACUUAAAUUUUGUACAGAGAUGAGGACGAUGACGAUGAGAUGGACAGGCACGGCGCGAUGAGAAUAAUGGCGAUUGUGUAUCCGACGGAGCGGGACGAGGCCACGUUCGGAGCGAUGGUCGAUGAGAACGGAUCGAUGGUGGACUACGUUCGGAUGGUGCACUUCACGAAAAGGGGCGGAGGACACACGAACAACGCCAAUCUGAAGGCCGAGUCGAUGGAAUUGUUCAAAAAGUUUGUGCAAAGACGACGCCCGCACGCAAUUGCGCUGAACAUAGAGGAUAUGGAAUGCUCCAAGCUCAAGGUGAGCCGUUAAACUUUUGAAGUUUGCAAUUUUUUUUUUCAGCAAGACCUCAAUAGAGCGAUAAUGGAACUGAUGGAGAAAAACAUGAUUCCCAAAGAGAUUCCGGUACUUUUUGUGGACAACGAGGCGGCGAAAGUGUACAUGCGAUCGAAUAUGUCAGUGGCGGAGAACCCUGAUCAUCCUCCGGUUCUCCGUCAGGCCGUUUCCCUCGCCCGGCUUCUUCUGGACCCUGUUCCAGAGUAUGCUCAUUUGUGGAAUUCCGACGAGGACAUUUUCUGUCUUUCGCUGCACCCAUUGCAAAGGGAAAUUGAACAAGAGAUGCUCGCUAAUUUCUUGAGCCACGAACUGAUUAACAAAGUGAACGAACAGGGAGUGGACAUCAACAAAUGUGUCGAAUUCCCGCACUACACGAAUAUGCUCCAGUUCACGUGCGGACUGGGCCCGAGAAAAGCCACCGCUCUCCUCAAAUCCAUUAAAGCCAACGAUAAUUUGAUCGAAAGUCGAUCCAAAUUGGUGACUGGAUGCAAAUUGGGACCGAAAGUGUUCAUGAAUUGCGCUGGAUUCAUUCGAAUUGACACUCACAAAGUGUCCGAAAAGACGGAUGCGUACGUGGAAGUGCUCGACGGAUCAAGGGUCCAUCCGGAGACGUACGAGUGGGCCAGGAAGAUGGCUGUCGACGCGUUGGAAGUUGACGACUCUGCGGAUCCGACCGCCGCGUUGCAGGUUAGUUUUCUUGGUAUUUUUUCGUUGACCGAAAAGGUCUUCCAAUUCAUCAAAAAUUACAUUUCGAAAAAAAAAUUCUACAGGAAAUCAUGGAAUCACCGGAUCGUCUGCGCGAUCUCGACCUGGACGCUUUUGCCGAAGAGCUCACUCGUCAAGGAUUCGGAGAGAAAAAAGCCACUUUGUAUGACAUAUCGAGUGAACUGAGUGCCCGAUACAAGGAUCUGCGGGAGCUGUACAGAGAGCCGACCGGAGAAGUGCUCUACGACAUGCUCGCCCGUUCCGGAAAAGAAAUUAAAGUGGGAAUGAAGGUUUUGGGCACGGUCCAACAGGUGCAAUACCGAAAAGUGGACAGAGAGAACCACGACGCGCCGUUGCCGGAAGUCGGAGACGAUGGACAGUUCACGUGUCCCUUCUGCAAGAGCUUCACCACUAAUUCGCCCGGCGGUGUUCAGGAGCACAUUAUGAGUGAUGUGAGAAAUGUUAUCAAUUUUUAGAUUAGAAUUUGCAAUUUUUUAUUCAAAGUUGCUUUCCGCAAAACGAAUUCCAUUUUCAGCCCCGACGUAGUGGUUGCCCGGGAACUCCGGUCGGAAUCCGCGUGCGAUUCGACAACGGAUUCACCGGUUUCUGCCCGAACAAAAACAUCUCGUCGUCGAAGAUCGACAAUCCGCUGACACGUGUCAAACUGAAUCAUCCGUACUAUUUCAAAGUGCUGCAAAUCGAAAAAGAGCGGUUCAACCUCUUGUUGAGCUGUAAAUCUACGGAUCUGAAGGCGGAAGACACGACGGCGAGGGACGAAUACUGGGAUCAGCAGUUGUAUGAGGACGACUUAGCGCUUAUCAAAUCAGAAGUGAAAAAGAAGAAGGAAGCGAAUACGCGCGUGAAAAGAGUGAUUGCGCAUCCUAAUUUUGACAACUGCUCCUACGAAAUGGCUACAAAGAAGCUGGACGAAAAGGAUUGGACCGAGUGCAUUAUCCGUCCGUCGGCCAACAACGAUUCCAGUCUUUCCGUCACUUGGAAAAUUUGCGACGGCGUCUAUCACAACUUCUUUGUCAAAGAAUCCGCCAAAGACCAAGUAUUUUCCAUUGGAAGACAACUUUCCGUCGGAGGAGAGGAUUUCGAGGAUUUGGACGAACUCAUCGCCCGAUUCGUGCAGCCAAUGAUCCAAAUUUCCCACGAGAUUACCACGCACAAGUACUUUUUCACGGGCGGAACUUGCGAGAAAACCGAAGCCGUCGAGGAGUUUGUUCGCGAGAAACGAAGGGAAUUGGGACGGUUCCCGUACGUGUUCAGUGCCUCCCUGAGGUCUCCGUGCCAGUUUUGUCUUUCCUACAUGUUCGACAAUACCGAUCGAAUUCGCCACGAGUAUUUCAAAGGUAGGUUUUUUUUUAAAUAUAAAUAAUAAACGAACGUAUGUUUUGCAGUGAGCCCACACGGAAUCCGUUUCCGCCACCAGAACUUUGACACUCUAGACCGUAUGCUCGGUUGGUUUAAACGUCAUUUCCACGAGCCGCCGGCGGAUUUCCGCAGAAGCACGGCCCCACCGUCUCAAUUCCUUCCGCCCCCGCACGCAUCAGGGGGACACUAUUUUCCGCCGCAAUUCGCCGGAUAUCAUCAUUAAUUUUAUUUAUUUCUCCCCUAUAUAUUUUUCUUCAAACACUUUUGUUGAAACGAUCUUUUUACUAUUUAAAACCCAGUUGUUUAAUUGUUGAGCUCUUAAAAUCUUUCCCAAUAUUUCCUUUUCCCAGACUAUUUUUAAAUAAAGUGUACAACCAGCCAUACUCGAUAAAUCCCUCGUGAGCUGAAAACUGUUCAAUUCAAUAAUAAUUUCCGGUCGUAGUUUCCCAUUAUUUUGGCGAAAUUGAUAGUUCCAUGUUUCUGAUUUUUCAGAAAUCUCAUGAAAAAGACGUCGUCCAAUAACUCGAUCUCGUCAGCGCCAAAGUAAAAAGUUUCCAAUUUCUGUGAUCCAGAAUUAAAGUAAUUUUCAGAAGGCCGCAAAAGCAAGGGGAUGUACAGAACAUUGUCAAAAAUGAGCCAUUGUUCCAGUCGAGUAAAAGUAAUUGUUUCAAAAAUUUCCUUCGCGCAGCGGUUUCGGUAAAAAAAUGGCGGCAAGCAAUGAAAAACAACUAGGAGACCACGAUUUUUAAUUUAAAAAAAGCCUCUACUUUAGGCUGGUCGAACAGGCGCCUGAAAUCUCCUGUUCGACCAGCCUACUCUACUUUUAAAAAAAUGUUCGAACAAACGAUUUAUUUACAGACUGUGAAUUACAGUUACGCUUGCUUUCAAAUUGCUUUAAAAAUUCAGAAUGUCAAGAAAAUCAAGAUAUUAUUAUUCUGAGCGACGAUGACGACGUGGCAGCUCCUAUAGCGACGGAGAAGAUCAUGGAAACGUGCAAAAGCUGCAGAAAGGACAUUAGCGGAUUCACAAAAGACAGAAGGUGACGAAAAUUCGUUUUAUUGUCAAUGUUUCUGAAAUGUUCAGAGCAAUCCAUACCAAAGUGUGCUCCAAUAAAGCCGAAGAACGGAGGGAAAAAAAAAAGUUAACAGAGACACUCGAGAGGUUUGUGCUCGCGCUCGGAAAUGACACAUUAUAAAGGCUAUGCACUUCAAAUAUACCAAGUUUCAGAGAUGACGAGGUAAUGGAUAAGAAGUUUGUGGAGCCGAAGAAAGUUCUGAAAAACUGGGAAGUCGCCAAAAAUAAUGUGAAGUUCGCUAGAAUUCCGGAAGACGACGAGGAUAACAGACGGAGGAAGAGGCCGAGGUCGUUCGCGGUCGUCGAGUUGCAGCCGAAAAAAUGCCGAUGCGAAGUGAUCGACGUCCUUCAUUCGAGGUUCUGCGAUAAUUUCCACGCGAAAUCCAUUCAGAAUUCGGAUAAAAAGCAAGAAGGCAUCACCGAAUAUGCACAUUAUAUCAGAGCCAUUAUCGACAAAGUAAGGCUUUUAAUAAAUACUUAUUUUGAAAGCAUUGUUUCAGAAUUCCCGGUACGAACAGCUUUCGUUAGACUUGCAAAAAGUGUUCGACGAUGAAUCCGAGCCACCGAGCAAUGUGACAAUAAAGUGUACAGACGGAGAAGUGCUAUGUCUGAAAGUGAUUCUAAAGCACCGAACGACCAUUUUCAAGAAUUACAAGAAUGCGAAGGCGACAAUAAUCGAGAUAGGAAAGAGUUUAAAAGUGGUGCAAGGAUGGCUGAGCUACGUCUUUUCGGCAAGGAUCGAAUGGGAAGAGGAUCUGGGGGAGGAGGUGUGCGAUCUCGCGAAGCAGUGGGGUCCGAUGGGAUUAGAGCACGUCAUCGGUGGAUUCAGAAGAAAGUGGGUGGCUGAGAAUGAACUGGAGGAAAAAGGGUAUGCCAUGACGAGUUUUUUUUUCUGAGUCGUUUUAUGUUCCAGCAAAGCAAAAAUACCUGGAGCAGCUUCAGCAGAUGUCCAAGACCCUAACUCACUACAAACAGAGCCUGAAAAAUAUUCGGAAGAGCAGAAAGAGCCGGAACCGGAGCCGGAAGAGCCUGUUGAUGUGUUCAUGUCCGAUGACCCGUUUAUUGGAUUUGGAAGGGCUGAAAAAACGGAGGACGAAGAAAAAGAAGAGAUUCCAAAAGAAGAAACGCCUCAAGUACAUUCGGAAGAGAUGGAUUCCUUUGAGACGUGGGGAGAGCAGGUCAGUACUCAUCAUUGAAGAAAUUUUGAUUGAAGUUGACCGAAUAAUCAUUUCAGAUAGUUGUGGGAGCCAACAAUCUGCCGACCACGAGCACGCCGACCCAAAAAUUUGUCAAACCAGUAUUUGGAUCGAAUAUAAAGAUUCUGAAGACGAAUGACGUGACUCCAAUGCCAAACUACGAAAAAAUGGACGAAGCGGAGCUGAAGGAGCGGAUGAUCGAGCUCGGAUUGAAGCCGAAAGGCAAGAAAGUGAUGAUUCAGACGCUGAGAAACGCCUAUAACGCACUGCAUCCGGAGGUGUGCUCCGACACGCCCACACUUCGUCCAUUGAUCAGAAUCCAGGAGCAAGACAUGGAUAUUAAGAAGAAGAACAAAAAGACGACGAAGAUAAAGACGUUGAGCGAACGGAUGGGGUCACCGAAAAAGUUAGCCAAAGUGACGGAAGAGGACGAAGAAAAACAGGAAGAAGUCGACGAAGGAGAAGCUGAUAAAACAUUGAAUAUGUCGAAUGAUUACGAUCAAGGAAGAAUAUGUGGAGACGAUGUGGAAGAUGACGACGAAGAGGAAGAAGUCACGUCAACGCAGACGAUGAAGAGCGGAAAAAACGACCCGAACGUGAUACGGAACGCAUUUCUGGAGUGGCUGCGAAGUGAGAAUAACUCGGUGCUCCACAAUCAUAUUCUCUCGCUCCAACCUGUUUCUCUGGUAGAAUCAUAUUGAAAGUGCACUCAUAAUGAAGCCAUAAUUUUCAGGAAGAGAUGAUGCUCCGUCUGGAGAAAGCGGAAGGACCGUUGGGUCGACUCGGAAAGGCAAAACUAGUGAAAGUGCUCGAUUCGCUGAGAAUCACGUACCAACUUCCACAGAAAGGAGGUCCACGGAAGAUUGGCGGCGGAUUCAAGCGAAAGUUUUAG